UCACUUGUUUUCGAUGCUACAAUAUAUGGCUGCCACAUUCAGGAUCGUAUCAGUUACGAAUCCAUCUUGUCUUCUAGGUAUGAACAGUUAGAAAUGUGACGGAUUAAAGCGCGGACGAAUUCUACUCUUUAGCGAAGCAGCUCACACGGACAUGUUACACGUUAGAUCCAAGUACACGCGCAAGCUGUCUCGUGUCGGAAACCUAUUGAACGGACAUUGUACCGGCAUAAUGAGCCGCCAAGGAACCUAGUUAGCAUUUGGCCAUAAAACAGGCCUAUUAAGUACGAGGCAGUUAUGGGAGCUGGAGGUUGUCGACACACUCGCACAUACUCGUAAAUUCAAACCUCUGGAUAGAGCAUGUUGCGUGAAGCAGUAACAAGCAGAGGCAUUCGAAAAUUGAAGAAAGAACAUUUUUCAAAGUUAGAACAAUGGCGUCUUCAGAAUUUAUCAACAAAGUGGAGGUUUUAUUCGAUGGAUUUUCGCGAAUGGAAGCCGAAGGCUCGUCUGUCAUGUACGCAAACUGCAGUUGUAGCCUAGUGAUUGGCGAAGACGUAAAAAUUAUUGUAGAUACAAUGACACCAUGGGAUGGACCACGACUCCUCAAUGCGCUCGCCAAAAGAGGAAUCACGCCAGACGAGAUCACUCACGCAGUUGCAACGCACGGACACUCUGAUCACAUUGGUAAUCUGAAUCAUUUUCUCAAAGCGAAACACAUCAUUGGAACAUCGAUGAAUUAUGGAGAGAUAUACUACGAUGUUCUUCAAAACGGCACAAGUUUAAAGUUAGCUAGAGGCAUUGAAGUGGUCCCUACCCCUGGGCACACAGCAUCCUGCGUUACGGUUAUUGCAUUGGGAACUGAGAAAGGUACAAUAGCAAUCACCGGAGAUCUUUUCGAGACGCGGCAGGACGUAUUCGAUCCACAUAUUUGGGAACAUCAAGCCGGGUCGGAGAACCCAGUUCAGCAGGCGCAAAAUCGACAAAAAGUUCUUCGGAUCGCCAACUAUAUCAUACCGGGGCAUGGACCUAUGUUUGAAGUCACCGAGGAGAUGCGCUCUUUUCAUGACAACUAUGUACGACAAAUGCGCUCCCAGUAUAUGAAUACAUCCUUGGCGAGUGUUGAAAGACUAAGGCGAAACCAGGAACUGGAACCACGACAGCCGCAAAAACCGAGUGAUAGCGGCGACGAUAAUGGCGACUACGAAAAUGCGAAUCAAGGCCGGGACGAAAAGGUUCCCGAAGUCGAAGAACUUCAUCAUAAUCGUUUGUGAACUCGGUAAACGUAAUCGUGAAACGCUUGAACGAAACAGAGCAACGAUCAUUUCGCGUACAUACAAUACACAUCAUCAAUUUGCUGGACCUAUAUAUAUACAACUUCUAAUUAUGUGUAUCCAUUAGUAAUUUCAGUGUGCGACGAUUUAGGAUAAACGAUCUCCUCCUCCUUGAACAGCCUUCGUCAAAACGUAUCAGAGUUGAAUCUUGUCAAAUUAAUUCAUGUACAUAAAAGUCCGAUUUAAAUCCCUCUAGUAUAUGUAGUUCGUUUGAUAUCCGUUGUCAUGGAAAAUAUAGUUUAGAUCAGUCGCACUAACCAAGAUUUAUACCAAACAAGAGAAGUACGAGGGUUUUGUCUCGCAGAGCGUAACUGCAGGAAAGCUAAACGCAUGUAGGAAAAGUAUAUAAGUGCCUGGUAGCCUCCACGUGUAAAGCAGAUAUGGAAGAAGAGAUACUUUUUUUAUAUAAAAUAAAUUGCUCGUACUUUUAAAAUAGUAUUGAAGAUCGAUUUUUACAAAAUUUUUACUCCCUGGAGUGGAACUGCUGAGUACCGGUGACGAAUGUAGUCAUCGAGGAAAAAAAAAUCCAACUUUUUUCAAACUGGAAAAGUACGACUAAUAGUCAUUUCAAUAAUCGCUUAAACAAAGAUGUCUCUGUUAUGCACUAUGAUAUGAAUUCCAAAAAGUGUGAAACUUCAUAUCAAUUUCAAUAUUUUAUACAAAUGGACUUCUGUGACUUCCUUCAGAUCAACUAAACAUUUUUUUGCUUGCCCAAAAUUUGGGGAACGCGUUGAAUAAUAGUCAAGCAACAUGACCAAGUUCUAAAGGAUUCCUUGUGAAAUGUGAUUAUAUUUUUUAAAUUAAAUUAAAUUAGUGUUACG